AUGCUUGUUGUAUCAUUCUUUUUCUGUGCAGCAGCCCUCAUAGGGCUGGCGCUAUGGAGGAUGGUGAAGAGCCGUCGUACCGCCAGUGUGAUAACGGGAAAAGCCAACAGGAUGCAACACACGAGAACCCUCGCAGCUCAACAUAAAGUAGCUGCAUCUCUAGUCGCCAUGAUAGAUAAAGACGGGGCCGGUGAUUGGCCACCCAGGGCGAACUAUGAAUCAUGGCCAGCAGCCAUUUUCCCGUACAGGUCCAUAUACAUGGAACUUCUCCCAAUGCUAUAUACGGACACACCGUCAAUGGAUGACAACGUGAAUAUUGAACGGCGUGAGAGGUAUCGCGUUGCGGUGCGAAGCCUGCUCCGGGACAGGAUCGCCCUAGAUGAAGUGACCACGAUGCUUGAAGAGGUUGAGGCAGACAAUUGGAGUUCCAUAUCCAGAGACACUUUCAACGGCUUCUACUGUUGCGUUGCUCUUAGUCGUCAUGCGUAUAGAUGGGCCACGCUACCUGUUGUCAAGGUAGCUCAGCUUGAGAAGGAACUAGACUUUCCUCCAGAGCUGUCCAUACCUUGGUCAUAUCUGCAGCGAUACUAUGGUUGUCACUCAGAUGGUGGCAAUCACACAUCCAAUGUCCUCAACAACUUCAAUCCUAGAAGCGAAAGGAUAUUCAGGUUCAACAAUUCGCUUUCUCCAGCUAUACAGGCAUCGGAGGAGGGGUUCUUCAGGCUGCUAUAUGAGGUCGACGUCAUGUCUUUUGACAUCUUUCACGAUAUCAUUCUUGCCAUAACUUCGUACAAAGACGGCAAGACGAGCGCCUCUGUGGACGCUAUGCGAAGUGUCAAUGCUGGCCUUCGUGGGCUAUUCGUACACUUCAACCAGAAGAUGAGAGAAGAGAACGUCUCCCGUAAGGUCUGGUUGAACUAUGUGCAGAGCAUGCACGCCUGGGGUUUGGGUAGGAUGAUUGAUGGAGAAUGGGUUCGGUUCGACGGUGUCUCUGGUAAUCAGAUAUUGGUAUUCCAAGCUCUCGAUGCUCUACUGGGAAUGGAGACAUACCACCCUGACGCCGACCUGAAGAGGUAUAUGCCAGCGGCCCAGCGAAGCUUUUGCAAGUCCAUCAAGGAUAAUUCACCCCGCCCGCAUUUGAAGGGAACGAAGGACCAGGCACUGAAGGCGGAAUUCGAGACUCUUGUCGCUCAAUUGAAGCGGUAUCGUGCUGCGCAUAGGAGUCGGGCAAUGCCCUACCUAAAACAAUCAGCACCUGAGAGAUACCAUAUGACGACCAAGGCAUCUGUACUAACAACAGAUCCAAGCGUGAGCAUCGACGCAGCACUGAAGCCUCUAGAGCAACUGUUGAUAAACAGAUCGGCCCAGACCGUUUAA